AUUAUUUAUUAGUAUAAAACUAUAGUAUAAGUAUAAAUUAAUAACCCUUCUCGUUUGUUUGCAAUUUGCAUGCACACCACGCUUUCUCUCUCUUCUCUAGUUCGUCUCCCCUUACCCUCUUUGCUGUUGUUACUCAUUUCUUUAAUUCUCUCUCUCCUAAAUUCAUUAAAAUUGUAGUCGGAUCUUCAUUUUUUCACUUGUUUUUGUAAUUUAACGACCCAGAUUCAGUCCAAUCUCAUCGAAUUAUUAUUAAAUUAUAUAUAAUUUUUGAAUUGGGAGAUUAUGAUUGCUCUACUUUGACUCUACUUGAAUGUCACAGUGAAGGGUUACUCCGAUUAAGACGAUUGAAUUGUUGUGGUUUUAGUGUUUUUGGGGUUUUUGAAACUUAAAAUGGGGUCGAGAAUUUGCAUGAACACGUCUUGUGGGGCGAAGACUACAGUCCAAUGGAAGAAAGCUUGGCAAUUGAAAUCUGGUGAAAUUGCCGAUCUGUGCUACAAUUGCGGAUCUGCCUAUGAGAAACGUGUCUACUGUGAUACAUAUCAUGCAGAGGAAACUGGUUGGAGAGAAUGUAGUUUGUGCAACAAGCGACUCCACUGUGGCUGCUGUGCUUCAGUACCACUAAUUGACAUUCAAGAUUUUGGUGGUGUAUGGUGUAUUAGCUGUGCAAAAAGUGCUGUCUGUCAUUCGGUCAAGAGAGAUGUUAUAUCUGGUGAUGCUCAAAAUUCAGGGAAGGUCAGUAAUGCUGGUGAUCUGCAGAACACUCCGCUAAGUAAUAAGCUGGAAACGAAUGUCAUUAGUAAUGGGAAUCUUUUUAGUUUGGCAAACAUCAUCGAGCCUAAUGUUUCUAGAUUUUUGCCUCAGUCCCCCCCUGAUCUUACUAAUGGACCUUUUGGGCAAAUCAAACCAGAGGCCAAAACCUCCUCAAUUGGAGUUGCUGGCUUGGGUUUUUCAAAAUUUUCUCACUCAAUUAAUGGGCCAACCCUUUGUGCUCCACCAAAAGAAGAUAAACCAAACACAGGAGUCAAGGAUGUGCAAGAAUCACAUAUGCCAUCACUGAAUAUAAGCUUGCGCUUGCCUUCAGAGACCUCAAGUUUUGGCCUUACUUUUUCUGGUGGGGUUGAAGAAGGAGAAAAUAGUAGAUCACCCCUCUUUCAGUCAGGGCAAAGGCCUCGCCAAAUUUUGCCCAAGCCUCCAAAAACUAAUACUGCUAAAGUUUCUGAUGCAAGUAAAAGUUCAUUUUCUCCUAUGCGGGUGGCAAGACCUCCCGCUGAAGGGAGGCUUCGGAACCAAUUGCUUCCGCGUUACUGGCCUAGAAUCACUGACCAAGAGUUGCAGAAGCUAUCUGGAGACUUGAAAACUACAAUAGUACCACUCUUUGAGAAGAUUCUAAGUGCUAGUGAUGCUAGCCGAAUUGGCCGCUUGGUCCUUCCAAAAGCUUGUGCUGAAGCAUAUUUUCCUACCAUUAAUCAGUCCGAAGGUCUUCCCUUGAAAAUUCAGGACAUUAAGGGGAAUGAGUGGACAUUUCAGUUUAGAUUUUGGCCUAACAAUAAUAGUAGGAUGUAUGUUUUGGAAGGUGUAACCCCUUGCAUACAGUCAAUGCAAUUGCAAGCCGGCGAUACUGUUACAUUUAGUCGGAUAGAUCCUGGAGGCAAACUUGUUAUUGGAUUUCGUAAGGCUUCAUAUACUCAUGAAAUGCAGGAUCCCCAAACACCAUCAGCAAACCCUAAUGGUGCUGCUUAUGGAGAAAGCUGCUACCCUGAUGUGCCUGAUAACCUGCCUGCUAGAAAUGAUAAUUUUGGUCCACAGUCGAUGGGAGGUGCCAAAGAUAAUCAACCAAGUGUUUUGCCUGAACAGUCAAAUUUGGUGAAUGGGAACACUGUUUGGGGCAAGAGUGAGAAGCUGAAGAGCAUGGUGAAAGAUGAUGUGUUGGAGCAACCUAAACCAUCAUCCGACAAGAAGAGAAUGCGAAACAUUGGUUCUAAAAGCAAGAGGUUUCUACUACAUAAUGAGGAUGCUAUGGAGCUUAGACUUACAUGGGAAGAGGCACAGGACAUGCUUCGUCCACCACCAAGUGUCAACCCAAGCAUCAUCAUGGUUGAGGAUUUUGAAUUUGAAGAAUAUAGUGAUCCCCCUGUCUUUGGAAAGAAGACAUUCUUUACCACUCGACUUUCUGGGGGGCAAGACCAAUGGGCUCAGUGUGAUAAUUGUUCAAAGUGGAGGAAAUUGCCAACAGAGGCUCUCCUGCCGUCAAAAUGGACAUGUUCAGAGAAUUUCCAGGACUCUGCCAGGUCUUCAUGCUCUUCACCGGAGGUGAUGAUUCCAAAAGAACUUGAUAAUGUUAUUAGAGGAAGCAAAGAUUCCAAGAAGCGAAAAGGUGCAGAAAGCCUUGAGCAAAGAGGUGAGCCUUCUGGCCUAGAUGCUCUGGCUACGGCUGCCCUAGGGGACAAUGAAGAGCCAUCUGCUGGAGCCACUACGAAGCAUCCUAGACACCGUCCUGGAUGUACUUGCAUUGUGUGCAUUCAACCCCCAAGUGGAAAAGGCAAGCAUAAACCAUCAUGUGUAUGCAACGUGUGCUUGACAGUGAAACGUCGGUUUAAAACAUUAAUGAUGCGCAAGAAGAAGCGCCAAUGUGAAAGAGAAGCUGAAAUUGCACAACAAAAAAGCAAUGAGCAGCAAAUGAAAGGACCCCAACUCCUAAAGAAAGCUUCUGGAAAUGACGUAAUGUCGAGUAAAAAUCAUUUGGAAAAAGUUCAAGCUGAAGAAGGAGAGAGCAGUAGCAAGGGUCACAUAGAUUUGAAUUGCCACCCCAUCCGUGAAGAAGAUGCAACAGCAGUAGAUGCUCAAUCAAGCAUAGGCAUUAUGGCUCUCGCUCAAGCAGCUACGACUACUCCUUUAGAUAUGUACAUGAAGCCAAAUGGGCUUUCAGAUCUUCUAAGAAAGCAGCCAAUGGAAACUGAUUCUUGUUUGCUGCAAAAAGCCUGCGAUUAUGCUGAUAAAUGUUUGUUAAAUAAGGAGGAAGGCCAUGUAUCAGUGGUGAAGGAGCAGGAACAAUGCAAGGCUGAUGGAGAUGGCUCUUCCAAGAAGCCUGCUUUAGAUUAGCAGAGCGACCUCAUCCUUAGUCAACAUUUGGUAUGUAAAUCCCCAUCGGCUUUUGGUUCUUACGAAGCAGUGUACACAUGUAACUUUUUAGAUGCUUCUUUUCUUCAACAACAUCAACACUUUACAAUUACAUCGAUAGAUAGUCAAGUUAUUGCAAUAGAGUCUUUUCUUUUUUGGUUUUUGUUGGAAGAGAGUUGGACAUUUAUUUACUUGAGAGAGUCAAACUGCAAGUUUUAUGAGCCAACUUUGACCUCUCUCUGUAGUAUGUGCCAUUCUGUGUUCCAAACAGUGUAUUAUACAGGGAUAUUGAUGCAGACGAAGCAUCUCAAUUGUAAGAAAAGCACUAAAUAAAUUUUAUUCACUAUAUUUAGUUUAUUAGGAUUUGUGUUUGUAAUUAAUCAAAGUUUAUAAUUUUCAUUAUGUUUUUUGUUUUUUUUUUUUUUUUAGAA